AAAAGUAGUCAGACUUAUUUGCCCCAACGGCACUGAACCGUAAUUCCCCCAAAAUUGCGAGUAAAGAUGAAGAAGGCGGCCAUUAUCUCCGACAGUGGGACCAUCGACGAUCACCUUGGGAGUAACCUUCCACUGGAGAUCGUAACCGACGUACUCUAUCGAUUACCGGUAAAGUCUCUCUGCCGAUUCAAAUGUGUUUCUCCCUCAUGGAAAACCCUAAUCUCUUCCCCCCAUUUCGCUCAAACACACCUCCAUCGAAGCAAAGCCAACCACCACCCACUUAAAGCCAUUCUCUUCUACUGCCCUUUCGAUCUCUACUCCGUAGAUUUCGCCGAUGUGAACCCGACUCCAAAAAAGCUUGAUCAUCCUUCGUUCAAACACAUGAGCGUGUCCAGGUCAUUGAGCUCUUGUAAUGGCCUCGUUCUAGUUUCCGAUAAAGGUUAUGUCAAUUUCUUGUUCAAUCCAUCCACUAAUGAAUACAAGGAACUGCCUGCCCCUUUUCCUGAAUAUUCUUCGGAUGAUGUCUUUUAUCCACCCGGGUUGGGUUAUGACUCUUACACUGAUGAUUACAAAGUUGUGAUGCCCUUUUCUAUUGAAGGGCGAGUACCCAAUGAUGCCGCUGUUAUGGUUGUAGCUGUUUAUUCCCUAAAAACUAAUGCUUGGAGGACGAUUCAGGAUUUCCCUUAUAGUCCAGUGGGAUGUCGUAGGGUUUGCUUUAACGAGCGUCUCCAUUGGCUAUGUCGGAGGACUGGUGGUUCGGAUUAUUCUAAAGUUGUUGUUGCCUUCGAUUUGGCAGAUGAGAUUUUCAGGGAAGUGCAGAUGCCAGCCUCGUAUGAUCAUGAGGAGUUUACGCAUCAUGACAUGGUGGUUCUUGAGGGUUGUCUCUCUUUGCUUGUCUGGUCGCAAGCUGGCCGAAUUGAUGUUUGGAUGAUGAUGGAGUAUGGUUUGAGAGAGUCAUGGACAAAAUUUUUGAAUGUUAAUCUUGGGAGUGGGAGGUCUAUAUUGAAUGUGUUGUGUUUGUCGGUGCAAGACGAACUUGUGUUCAGGUUGUGGGAAGAGAGAUUCAGAGUUAUCGGAGGAAGGGUAGAAGAUGACGGGGAGAAACUAAUUCUGUCCAAUCUGAAAAAAGGAACACAGAGGGAAGUGGUGGUUCCUGGCAUUCUAACUAAAAAUGUAGUUGGGGACCACUACAUCGAGACCCUCGUCUCUCCUAAUCAUGGAGGACGGAUUUCGGAGACGAUGUGAAGCUUCUUCAAGUAGAAGUUCAAAGAGUUAUCAGGAUGGUGAGGGACGAACAUGCAAAGUUGAACACAUACCAGACGUCACCAAUUCUCUCGAGCAGAUUGAAGAGCUAGUGGAAGACUUUCCGGCUUGACAUUUGAGACUCCUUUUUGGUUCUGGGACCACAUUUGGGCUUGUCAUUUCAGACUUGGAUGAAUGGAUUGACUUAGCAUGAUUUGUGGUGAUGUUGCUUUUGAUUCUACACCAACUUUCUAAGCUAGUUCUAUCAUUAUGCUUUUCUUUUUUAAAUGUAUCUGUUUCUUUCGUUAGUGAAAUCUGUUAGAAAAGACUUGUCCCUGGACAUUGAAUAAGGCCGUCCUUGUCUGUUUGUGCAGAGGAAGUCUUUGUUUCCAGGUGAAAUCAACAAGCGAAGCAAUCUGUCCUUCCUGUUUACUAAGAUCAUAUUUUGUAAUGCACUUUGAUUCUCUAUGAACCAAAAGGAAGAGUGAAGAAGGAGAGUUUGCUAUCUGGCGUAGGCAUAACUUUCACUUGACAUUCAGUCUUCUUUCUUUGGAAUGCUGGAGCAGUCCAAGCUAGUCGAGAUCUUCAUAGCAGUUCUUUCAGUUCUGGGAUAUACUAGUUUCGGGGAAAGAUUUAGAUGAAAUUAAAGGAUUAAGUACAAGAAAAUAAGGGCCAAGUACUAAUAUAGCAAGCAAGGUCAUCUUUAGAUAGAAUAAUACCCAGUCCCCCUGGUGGCUGACUUGUUCACAGAAAGUCAUCCACAGGACACUCUCGAUUGAUCCGAUCGAACCUACUUACGGCUUCUAACCCAAUCAGAAACACAGUAGUUCUCCAGUGACCGAUCUAUCAAAGUUUCAUUUCCCGGGAAUUCGAAUUGAACUUCUAUUCAUUCGUUCCAAGAAAGCGGCCGUUCAUGUCAGGUUGUUGAUGAAGUUCCUUGUACUUUUCUUUGUUGAGAUUGGGUUGGUCUUCCAUGUACCUGAGUACAAGAUCGAAAAUAGAUAACCUUGCCUUCGAGGAUUUUCAAAGGUAUUCUCGCUCGAAUCAAGUCAGUUGCGGAAUCAGAACAUAUUAGCAGCCCUUCACAUGUAAACUACGUUAGAAAAAAAAAAAAAAAAAAGGUGAUGUAAACAAAAAGUUAAGCUGUUGUGCGCUGUUGGACGAUUCUGCCAGUGCAUUCUUGAUUGUCGGGACUCGUUUUGGGGCUGCUGUCAGGUGGUUCAUGCUCCCAGAAUGGUUUGUAUAAAAAUUUCUACUUGGUGAUAGUUAUUAGAAUGUCUUCUGUGGUCUUUACCUCUCUGUUUUUAUUGUUCUCUGUUUUAGAAACCUUUGUAUACAUUAACAACGCAUUAUGUACCUAGUUGUGGGGUUCUCU